AUGCCCGACAACGUUAUCACGCUCUACGAUAUCCCUGGAAAUGCCACGAAGGACAAGGCAUGGGUUCCAAACACUUGGAAGACGAGGUUCUCUCUGAACUACAAACGCAUACCCUACAAAGUAGAAUGGGUCGAAUAUCCGGACAUUAAAGCGCUUUGCGAGCGCCUCGGCGCCCCUCCCUCCGAAUAUAAACUGAAGGACGGCAAGAAGGACCCUCUGUACACCGUCCCGUUCAUAUACGACCCCAAGACCCAAACCUAUGUCUCCGAAUCCUGCCACAUCGCGCAAUACCUCGACUCUACCUACCCCGACACGCCUAAACUGUUUCCGGAGGGUCCUCUCAACGGAGCGGCCGCGCUGAACCUGUUCGAGGACGUAUGGAAGGAGAAAUUCAUCACACCCGUUCGGCCGUUGAUGAUGCUGAAAAUCCACAAUCAGCUCAAUCCCGCGUCCCAGACAUAUUUCCGCGAGACGCGAGAGAAAGCUUGGGGGAAGAAACUCGAGGAGUUGAUGCCGGAAGAUAAAGAGAAGCAGGAGAUGUGGGCCGUGGUGAAAGCUGGGCUAGCGAAGAUCGACGGGUAUAUGAAUUGGAAUGGGACGACGACGACGUUUUGGAUGGGCGAUGUGCGGUCUUACGCGGAUUUCGUGAUGGCGGCAUGGUUGAUCUGGGUGCAGAGGAUUUAUAGGAAGGGAAGCCCGGAGUGGACGGAAUUGGCUUCGUGGCAUGGAGGGAGAUGGAAUAAGCUUGUGAGCGAGUGUGAGGCUUGGGAGUAUGCAGAUGAGUUGGAGAACCACAAUCCGAAGGCAUCUGCGUUGUUGCAGUGA